GCCCCGCCCCGGCCGCCCCAGGUCUCGCCGCCCCGCCCCGCCAUGAGGCCGGGCCCGGUGGCGGCGGCGCUCCGACGCGCUUGAGGGCGCCGCCGGCGGCGGGGCUGCGGCUGCUGCGCCGCCAAGAUGGCGUCGUGCGUGCUGGAGGCGCCGCUCCGCAUGAGCGUCCUCUCGGAAGUAACGGCCAGUAGCCGCCACUAUGUUGACAGAUUAUUUGACCUCGAUCCCCAGAAAGUUCUGCAAGGUGUCAUAGAUAUGAAAAAUGCUGUAAUUGGAAACAACAAACAAAAAGCCAACUUGAUUGUUUUGGGAGCAGUUCCAAGGUUGCUGUAUUUGCUUCAGCAAGAAACCUCCAGCACAGAACUGAGAACAGAAUGUGCAGUGGUCCUGGGAAGCCUUGCAAUGGGUACAGAGAAUAAUGUCAAAUCCCUACUAGACUGCCAUAUUAUUCCAGCCUUAUUGCAAGGAUUACUGUCGCCAGAUUUGAAGUUUAUUGAAGCUUGCCUACGAUGUCUCCGUACCAUUUUCAUUAGUCCUGUAACUCCAGAGGAUCUACUAUACACUGAUGCUACAGUUAUCUCCCACCUCAUGGCACUGCUCAGUAGGUCUCGAUAUACACAGGAAUACAUAUGUCAGAUCUUCUCACAUUGCUGCAAACUUCAACACUGGCAUAGCUGCGGCUUUAAAUCAUUGCCUCAGCCACUUCUGUGUGCCAAUGGUCCAGAUCACCAGACAAUCUUGUUUAACCAUGGAGCAGUUCAGAAUAUUGCACAUCUGUUAGUCUCCACCUCCUACAAAGUUCGAAUGCAAGCCUUGAAAUGCUUCUCAGUUCUAGCCUUUGAAAACCCACAGGUAUCAAUGACUCUUGUAAAUGUGUCGGUUGAUGGAGAAUUGUUACCACAGAUUUUUGUGAAGAUGUUACAAAGGGACAAGCCUAUUGAAAUGCAGCUCACAUCAGCCAAAUGCCUUACUUCCAUGUGCAGAGCUGGAGCAAUACGGACGGAUGAUUCUUGCAUCGUUCUUAAGACUCUGCCAUGUUUGGUUCGAAUGUGUAGCAAGGAGAGACUGCUGGAGGAGCGAGUAGAAGGAGCAGAAACUCUGGCUUAUUUGAUUGAAACAGAUGUGGAGCUACAGAGAAUUGCCAGCAUUACUGACCACCUCAUUGUCAUGCUUGCCGAUUACUUCAAGUAUCCCAGUUCAGUGAGUGCAAUCACUGAUAUCAAAAGGCUUGACCAUGAUUUGAAGCAUGCCCAUGAACUGCGCCAGGCCGCUUUCAAGCUGUAUGCUUCCCUUGGAGCAAACGAUGAAGAUAUCCGAAAAAAGAUCAUUGAGACUGAAAAUAUGAUGGACCGUAUAGUUAAUGGCUUAUCUGAAUCUAGUAUCAAGGUGCGAUUAGCUGCAGUCAGAUGUUUGCACAGUUUGUCCCGUUCUGUACAGCAGCUCAGGACAAGUUUUCAGGAUCAUGCUGUAUGGAAACCUUUAAUGAAGGUUUUACAGAAUGCUCCAAAUGAAAUGCUGGUAGUAGCAUCUUCCACGCUAUGCAAUCUUCUUCUGGAAUUCUCUCCAAGCAAAGAGCCUAUUUUAGAAUCAGGAGCCAUAGAACUUCUAUGUAGUUUAACACAGAGUGAAAAUCUUGCCUUGCGAGUGAACGGCAUUUGGGCUUUAAUGAAUAUGGCGUUUCAAGCAGAACAGAAGAUCAAAUCAGACAUCUUACGAGGUCUGAGUACAGAGCAGUUAUUCCAGUUACUUUCUGAUUCUGAUGUAAAUGUUCUGAUGAAAACUUUGGGACUGCUCAGGAAUCUUCUUUCUACUCGCCCACACAUAGACCAUAUAAUGAGCACUCAUGGGAAGCAGAUCAUGCAAGCAGUCACCCUUAUUCUGGAAGGGGAGCACAAUAUAGAAGUCAAAGAGCAGACAUUAUGUAUACUUGCCAAUAUAGCAGAUGGAACAACAGCAAAAGAACUGAUUAUGACCAAUGACGACAUCCUGCAGAAAAUCAAAUACUACAUGAGUCAUUCAAAUGCUAAACUUCAGCUUGCUGCCAUGUUCUGUAUAUCUAAUCUCAUAUGGAAUGAAGAAGAAGGUUCACAAGAGCGCCAAGAUAAACUACGAGACAUGGGAAUAGUAGAUAUUCUACAUAAAUUGAGUCAGUCAUCAGAUCCAAAUCUGUGUGACAAGGCGAAGACAGCACUCCAGCAGUAUCUUGCAUGAUCAAAGACUAAUUGAAUCUAUGGACACCCCUCAUGUCUACUUAAGGAAUAGCAGGAGAUAUUCCUGACUCCUUAUAUUUGCACAAGUCACCUUGGGCUGCAUUUUUCUCAGGUGCAGGGAGCUGCUUUGCAGAAACAGUUUAAAUGAUCAGGUCUCCAGUGCACUUGAGAAUUUUUUUUGAGGUAGUUUCUUUACUCAGAGGACUCUUGGGGGGUUGUUUUGUUCUUUUGUUUUUUGUUUUUUUUCCUGAGCUACCUGGACUUUCGAAUAGAACAAUCAGUCGUCAUUUUCCUUUUGGGCCUACAAUUUUCUGCUUUUGCUGCAGCCUGCGUGUGUGUGGGUGUGUUUGAGUGUGUGCGUGUGCUUGGAUGAAUGUGCGUGGGUGUGAUACCUCAAUUUUGUUUUUCCUUUUUUGUGUGAAAAUCUUUUUCUACAGGUUUUCAAGGGUUGACCAUUGUUUGCUGUACGAAUACUUCAGUGAAUUAUAUACAGUUUGAAUGAAAUGUUAUUUAAAAAAAAAACUGUUGUAUCCCAUAAAGUUUAUUUUGAAUUUUGAACAGAUGAAUGUUUUUAAGUAAAAUAUAUGCAUUUCUGAACUUCA